AUGUCGCACCACAGAGGGCAGCUUCACUGCCUUAACAACGCUGCUGGCUCAUAUCACUCUCAUACUAUGACGCCGCACUCAAGCCACUCACCUGUCAACAAGAUGGCACAACCUCAGAGAACUUCUUCUCAGGACUCGACAUCCGAUGGUAUCAGGAAACGCGUCUGCAAGGCCUGUGAUCGAUGUCGAUUGAAGAAGAGCAAGUGUGAUGGUUCCAACCCGUGCUCUCGAUGCAAAGCAGACAACGCCAUCUGCGUGUUUGGCGAGCGCAAGAAGUCCCAUGACAAGAUCUACCCCAAAGGCUACGUCGAGAUGCUUGAGCAACAACAAGCACAGCUAGUCACUGGCCUGCAAGAAAUGUACAAGCGACUUCGAACCACAGAGGUCUGGGAAGGCGAAGCACUCAGCGAGACCAAUGGCGCUCCUCUUACCCACGACAUUCUCGCCGCACUCGGCCUAUUAGAACAAAAGCACGACGGCAGCGGCGAGCUCGAAACGUUUGAAGACGACUGCGAAAGCCUCCAAAGCCGCCUGAUCGCUCAAGGUGCCGGUCUCACGCAACGAAGAGGAUCCUUCAGCUCUGAGUCGGAACACAGCCAGCAUGGCCACGCUCGAUCCAUCUCUCGUAGCACACCCUCCAUGUCGAAGCCACAGACCUUCAAGCAGGAGGGCCUGUACCACAGCGCACCGCCUUCGCCACCACAAGGCAGCCCAGCUCCAAUCCCAGCUCCCAGGCAACAAAGGCAAUCCUUCCCCGCCGCUCAACCAUCGCCACUACAACAAAAUUCUCCACUAUCGAACACUCCACAAUUCUACCAAGAUGACUGGUACUCCGCAACAAGCAGACCCGAACUGACGAUGCGAUGCGGUUACGCCAUGCAAACGCCCGAGCUGGAGCACAAUUUCGGCCACAUGCAAGACAUGACGGGUGGUUUCGCCAGCUGGGACACCACACCGGGACAAUUCGACCUGAACAUGGCAGAACUCUCCGCACCUGCGUACCCUCACGGUCUUCCCAACCCAUGGGCAAAUGUACCAAAGCAAUACGCCAUGGACAUCGACCCAAUGGACGCAGACUUUGCUCAGUUCAUUCAAGUGGUGACAUGA